GAAGUAAACAGAACCAUUUAAACACAUGAAGGGGGAUGUCUAGAAUAUGUUCCUUUCUAUUUGCAGUAUUCUAGUUUAUUUAUCACCAAACGUAAACAUUUUUAAAGGAUAUAUUUAGCGGGCGAUUUAGUUGUCUACUUAAUAGCUGUUGGGAUUUGAUGUGAAACUCGGCUGUAGAGAUUAAAGGAGCAGCAAGCUAACUGAUGCUACGAUGAAUUUUUCCCUAAACAGAGACACGUGUUUCCUAAACGCAGACGAAGCCUCUGCAGUCGAGACGGCGGUCAGGACGGCGGUCAUGUCCAUCCUGAAGGUUUUCUGCGAGGUGAAUGAGAAGAGGUCGCACUGCUACGAGGCCAAGUUAGCCGAGGCGGAAAGAGAGAACACAGCGCUGAAGAUCCAGUUAAAAGCAGCCGAGCAGGAGCUUCAGACCUUACGACAGAUCUCUACUAACUAUAAAAUCUCAGCUGAGGUCACCUUAAGCCACGACCUGAGCUCAGAUGUUCCUGAAGAACGACGAGAGGAACCAGCAGACUUCCAGAGCGAUGCCAGCCUGGUGAUAAAGGAAGAGCCUUCUUUUGAGACCACGUUGUGUUUAAAGAGCGAAGUGGCAGAUGAAACAUUUGCACCAGAGUGUGAUUAUCCUGCCAUGGACAAUGUCCAGAUUUGCCCGCAGACUCCAGGAGCAGAGAUGUGGAGCAUGCAACCGCUGCAAACAUUCAGUUCAGCAAGAUCCAGCCUUAACCAGAGCAGAGAGAAGUGGAUUCCUGGCGAUGCUCUUACAGGAAAACUGAAAAGCAGGGAAUGUGUGAGAAGAUACAGAGAAAGGAUCCGCGCUGACCCAGAAAAGUAUCACGCUUGGAAGGAGAAGGAACGCUUAAGGUAUCAGCAGAAGAGAAAGACCAUUAACGAUCUGUCUGAGCCUAUGAAGAAGCUGAAGAGGAAGGCUUGGAGAGAGGCUAAGAGACGGAAUCGUGCUAGAAAGCAGGUUCAAGCUGCUGCCAUGCACGCGAUCCAGACAACCGACUCAUGAAGAGAAAACAUUCUCUCAAAGGCGGAACAUUUCCACUUGAUUCUAAAGACCCUGUUUUUAAAAAUAUGGAAAUUUCCAAGGUGUAAAUCCUGGCAUGCGAUCAGUCCAGCUUUAACCCGACUGAAAAGAAGUACUGAAUGUGCCACCUUGUGGUGAUGUUAUGACGGGGAGAUUAACAGGCAGUACAGAGGAAAGUUCUCUGCGGAUCACAUGAUCUUCUCACCUGCAAUGUGAACAAACCCUCACAGCAUUCUCUCACUUACUCCUGCACUCACUCCCUCCUGAUCACAGUGAAUCCGGAGGCUAUCCCGGGAAUACUGUCUGUGAGGCAGGAAUACACCCUGGAUGGGCUCAUAGUCCAUUUCAGAACAACACAGACACAUUCACACCUAAUUUAUUUUGGUAAAUUCACCUACCAAUGUGGGGGGGAAGCUUGAGAACCUGGAGGAACCAACUUAAACCCCCCAUAAAAAUCUAUGCAUGACUGGUUUCCUCACUCAGUAAUCGCCAACAAGAAUAACAGCUCAAGGUCUUAAAAUCAGAGAGUGUGCUCCUUUAUCAAAAGUGUAUACAAAUUCCGAAUAAUCACAUCAUGCACCGUUGUCCAGUCCGACAGACAUUUAAAAAACAAAUACUGCCACAUUUUAUGUGAUGUGUGUUUUGAGAACCUGCUACCCUCCAGAUCUCUCCGCAGGAGAAAACGAAUCCAGGAUCUCCCUGAACCCAUGCAGAAGCUGCAGAGGGAAGCCUGGAGAGAAGCUACGAGAAGACACCGCGCAAGAAAGAUGGCACAAGCGACCCUCACGGCCACAGACAUCACCACAA